CGCCUCGGAGCUCCCUGAGGCACUUCUGGCGGCGACGAGAGCGCCAGUGCUCGGUUGCACCUUCCACCGAGCACGAGCUCUUGAUAAAACACGCUGUCAGCUGCGAGGUACCUGGGAACCAUCAGCGCCCAGACGACACUGGCAGGCGUUGUUUACUGCCGCAGCUGCGGCGCCAGAACAUAGUGCUCCACACCGAUAGCGAAGAUGGGCAAAACGGGCACGCCGAAAAUCCGAAGUUUCAUCUACCUCAGUGCUUCAAAUCACAUGGACUUUCCUGUGAUGGUCAGAAUUUGACCUUUAUUUUGAAUCCCAAUGGUUGAAGUUGCAAGUACCUAUCAUAUAUUUUGAAAGCAAGCCUACAAAGAUGCCGAGUCCCACAAGGAGGCGGUAUGGAGCACAAGCGGAUGUGGAUGAAACACAGCCACUGCUUCAAGGCAUUGCCUCAGAGUCGGACAGCGGCCGGCCGGCCGGCGGCCUACGGGCCCUGCUGCGGUCGUCCGGCUACAGCCUGUACGUGCUGCUGCUGCUGCUGCUCGCCUACCUGCUGAACCAGCUGGACCGCUACAUGCUGGCCAUCGUGGCGCGGCCCAGCGCGCAGGAGAUCGAGUUUGGAGACCUCGGCUGCCAGCUCAACGAUGCCAUCAGCUCGCAUCUAUCGGACAAGGACUGCUCCAACUGCACCACCAACGCCACCUGCGCGGUGCGGAAGGACGCGGACGGCGUGUUCGGCUGCAAGUGGGACUACACGGGCACCGGCACCCAGUACAACCUGCUGGCAGGGCCCGUCUUCAUCCUCAUCUACACGUUCGCCGGCAUACCCGUCGGGAUCGCAGCUGAUCUCUACAACCGGAAGAUUCUGCUGGCCGUGGCCUGCAUCAUCUGGUCCACCUGCACGUUCCUGACCGGCUUCGCCAAGGAGUACUGGCAGCUGGCCGUGCUUCGCUUCGGCAUCGGGUUCGGGGAGGCGGGAUGCACGCCGUUCGCCACCUCGCUGCUGGCCGACUACUUCGCCCCGGAGCUGCGUGGCACCGCGCUCGGCGUCUACAACUGGGGCAUCUACUUCGGCUACUCCAUGGCCUACGCCGUCGGCAACUUCAUCACGAACGCCAACAUCCUGGACAUGGGCUGGCGAUGGUCGUACCUGCUGUCGGGAGGUCCCGGUAUUUUGCUGGGCGUGCUGAUGCUGCUGACGGUGAAGGAGCCGCAGCGGACCGGCAUCAGCGCCGCCAGCCAGGCGGCCUCGGCGCAGCUGACGCCGGCGCAGAAGCUCCCCGUCAUGGUGCGCCUCUUCUUCCGGCCCUCGCUCUUCCUGCUCUGCCUGGCCGGGGCCAUCAGAAAUGCAGCCGGCUACGUCUGGUCGUACAGCACGCAGAACUACUUCGAAGGCAUCGGCCAGACGUCCACCCAGAUCGGCUCCUACAUGUCCUGGAUCCCGCUGGUGGCCGGCUCCAUUGGCGUGGUGUUCGGCGGCUUCAUCUCGGACCGCGUGGUGAGCAGGGUCGGCCCUCACGGUCGCGUCUGGGUCAUCAUCGCCUCCCAGCUGCUGGCCGCGCCGUUCGUGUUCGGCGUGCUCUUCCUGGAGCCGCCCUGGGCCUACAUCAGCCUCAUCCCCACCUACAUCAUCGGCGAGAUGUGGGUCCCCAUCACCCUGGCUGUGCUGGUGGAGCUGGUGCCGGCCGAGGUGCGCACGUCGGCCGUCGCCUUCUACUUCUUCGUCAUCUCAAACAUCGGCGGCAACAUGCCGCUGCUGGUGGACCCGGUCAAGAAGGCCUUCAGCAACGCAGGCCACAACGAUGUCGACUCGCUUCGCGAUACGCUGUACCUGUUCUACCCCGGCGAGUACAUCCUGGGCGCGCUGCUCUACCUGCUGGCGCUGCUGGCGCUGCGCCGGGACCUGGCGCGCGCCCAGCGCGAUGGCCCCCUAGCGGAGAAGAAGACAGACGACCCAGAAGGCGAAACGAACGACGCCUACCAGCCGGAGGCGCCCACCGAUGACCAGUGAGCGGACCUCCUCCGCCGCCCGACCUCAGCGACAGCGUCACAUGCGGAGCCUCGUCGAGAUGUUUCGCCCGUGCAAUCGUUGAUAUUAAUGUACGUGCGUCACAUGCUUUACAACAUAUCUAUAUGAUUAUUGUGUGUGCAGAAAUAUACUAGAAUUUACGAUGA